AUGGCUGGGGAAAGGCUGAAUGAAACCGAACACAAAUCCCCCCGCAGAGGUCCCCUCCCCACUCAGGUGUCCCCAGCAGCUCUGCACAACCACAGUGCUGCCACUUUAAGAGAGCGCCAGGACAGACGGACAGGAGGACGCAUCCGGGUCCUCCUCCUCCAGCGCUGCCUCCAGCUCCUCCUCUUGCCCAUCCACGCUCUGGCCUGCCUGGGCUUGUGGGACUCCUGCUACAAGAAAGUCUUCCCCUACGUGAUGGCCAAGGUGGCUCCUGCCUACAACCAGAAGGUCUACAGCCAGAAGCAGGAACUCUUCAGCAGCUUAAGGAGAUUUGCAGGGCCCUCAGGCCAGCUCAGGUUGCUGGAGAUUGGCACAGGCACUGGCACCAAUUUCCAGUUCUACCCAGCAGGCUGCCGCCUGACCUGCACCGACCCCAACCCCAACUUUAGAAUGUUCCUCCUCAAGAACCUCUCGGAGAACCAGCACCUCAGGCUUGAACGUUUGGUGGUUGCUUCUGGCGAGGACCUGCACCAGGUGGCAGAUGGCAGCAUGGAUGUGGUGGUCUGCACCUUGGUGCUGUGCUCUGUCAGCAGCAUCAGGAAGGUCCUGGAGGAGGUGCUGAGGGUGCUCAGGCAGGGUGGAGCUUUCUACUUCUUGGAGCAUGUGGCUGCAGAUCACUGCAGCUGGACCUACUUUUGGCAACAGGUCUGUGACCCAUUCUGGAAGUACUUUGGAGAUGGCUGUUGCUUGAGCAGAGAGACACAGGAGGAGCUGGAGAAAACCAAUUUCUCAGAACUGGAUCUGAGGCACUUCCAUGUCCCACCUUGCUGGAUUCCCACCAGCCCUCACAUCAUUGGGUAUGCAGUGAAAUAA